ACUCCAUUUCAUCCGCCCUUACAGAGAGAAAAAAGAGAGCGAGAGAGGUAGAGUCCUUGGCGGCGAGGGAAAAUGGUGAAGUUUUUGAAGCCAAACAAAGCAGUGAUCCUUCUUCAAGGCAAAUAUGCCGGUCGUAAAGCCGUCAUUAUACGUGCCUUUGAUGAAGGAACACGUGACAGGCCAUAUGGUCACUGUUUGGUUGCAGGUAUUUCCAAGUACCCGAAGAAGGUGAUUCGUAAGGAUUCAGCAAAAAAGCAAGCGAAGAAGUCACGUGUCAAGGCGUUUAUCAAGUUGGUGAAUUACACACACAUCAUGCCGACACGUUACACACUUGAUGUGGAUCUGAAGGAUGUGGUGAAUGUGGAUGUACUUCAAGCACGUGAUAAGAAGGUUACUGCUGCUAAGGAAACUAAGGCUAGGCUUGAGGAGAGGUUCAAGACUGGAAAAAAUCGUUGGUUCUUCACUAAGCUUAGGUUCUAAGCUGAUGAUGUUCUGCUGCUUAAGAUUGAAUCCGAUUUUGAUGAAAUGGUAAUAUUGAUGCAGAAUGUUUUUAUUUUUAAGAUACUAUUAGGCUGUUUUUUGUUGUUGCAGCACUAUUUUGUUUGAUGGAUCAUUUCUAAAUCAUCUUUCAGUUAUCUACAGUUUAAUGCUGGUUUGUUUA